AUGAAACUAGCAGUCAAACCCGGAUCGGGUGGACGCUUGAUUGCCCUUGUGCUCCUUGGGUUUCUGUGCCUCAGUGGCGUGGAAGCUGAACCCACGGGAGGAGUUGUGGGUUUUCUUCGUCAACUCGAAUCUCGUGUCGAGAAAAAGACUUUUUGGUUCUACCGCUUCUUCGGAAUGAAGCAAGAGGAGAAGAAGGUCAAUAUGGCUCAGGAUUGCGACUACGAUGAUCCGAACAAGAUCCAGUUCUGUUCUCCCGUCAACGUAAACCCCAGGCUUGCUGUUAAUCAUAAUCCCAACCUGCCUUACACCGGGCCCAAGCGCGGUCCAAAGGCAGCUUUGCCUUCCAAGUGUCUCGAAGAUCCUGAUGACCCAGACUGCCGUAAGCUUACCGGAGCGAGUUCCAACUCCAUGUCCGGAAGCGGCAGCCGUCCUGGUGCUCAGGCAGCUACUGUUGCUUCGAGCAGCAGUUCCCAGGUCUCUCUUUGUUCGCAAGAAGGCGAGGUCAAGCUCAUCUCCGAGGACUCAACUGUUGGACUACCUGCUGGUGCAGUGGAGGUCGUCGGUUCUCAGGGCAGCUCUGUAACCUUCAAGAUUACCCAACUAUGGAAGUCCACUUCCGUAGGCUGGGUCCAGCCUGCGUACAAGAAAGGUGGCAGGACUUGCGAUCUCGCAGACCGUACCUCGUCUGUAGAUGGUGGGUUCGCUCUUCAAUUCACAGCUGAGUGUAUUGGAGGCAAGGCUUCACUUGAUUUGUAUGUGCAAGAUAGCACCUUCGUCGGUGCCUCUGCAAGCGAUUUCCACGAUUGCUCGGAUUGGAACACAGACGUGGCUCUCUAUUCCUUGGAAUUGGCUUGUGAUGGCAGCAACUUGUGCGAUGUCGGUGCUGAGCAAGGAGGUGGGUCGGCCGAUUCUGUUGUGGUGACCCAGAAUGAUGAUGACGUACCCUUGCCAGAAGGGACCGUAGCCGUCACCGGAUAUGGUGGAAAUUCCGUCACCUUCACAAUCACUCAAAAGUGGAAAACAACGGAUUCCAUCAGUUGGAUUGCUCCCGUGUACGAUCAACCCGAUGGUGAUAUGUAUUGUAACGAGCAAGAUAAGCGGGAAGAGGUUGAUUUCGAUGAUGUCAAUACUUAUACUGCAACUUGUGACGGCGGCACUGCAACUAUUGAUAUCUUUGUUCACGAUGGUUCUUUUUCUGGGUCUCAAGCCAACGUUCGAGGUUGCAAAGGCUGGGGAAGUCCGGACAAAAUUGCCUACUACACCAUCACCUUGCUUUGCGACGAGCCCACUGUCGAUUCUGAACCGACACUAGCUCCUACAACGUUGGCUCCGCAUUUGUACAUCUCGAGUGCUCCAGCUGGAGCACUUUCUACAAGUUCUCCUACAAAGGAUAUGUGCUACGGUAAUAUGGAGAAGAACAAUGGAAAGUUCUGUCACUCUGAGAUGCCUUCCGUUUCUGCGGAACCUUCCGAGCAACCCACAGGCUUCAACCCUGACUUCGAAGGACAGGAAGAGCGGCCUUCUAGUGACGCACCUAGUGACGUUCCUAGUCAGGCCCCUACUGGUGGAGGUUCUGAUGCUCCAAGUGACGUGCCUAGUCAGGCACCCACUGGUCCAUAUGCGAGUGACAUGCCUAGUGAUGUUCCUAGUCAGACACCCACCGGUGAAGACAGUGAUUUGCCAAGUGAUGUGCCAAGUCAGACACCAACCGGAGUAUCCAGUGACAUGCCUAGCGAUGUUCCCAGCCAGACACCUACUGGUUUGUCCAGUGACUUGCCCAGUGAUGUUCCCAGUCAGACACCUACCGGUUUGUCCAGUGACUCACCCAGUGAUGUUCCUAGUCAGACACCAACUGGUCUAUCCAGUGACACACCCAGUGAUGUCCCAAGUCAGACGCCUACUGGUUUGUCCAGUGACUCGCCCAGCGAUGUUCCCAGUCAGACGCCUACUGGACUUUCGAGUGAUGCACCUAGCGAUGUUCCUAGUCAGACACCGACUGGUUUGUCCAGUGACUCGCCCAGUGAUGUUCCUAGUCAGACGCCUACUGGACUUUCGAGCGAUGUACCUAGCGAUGUUCCCAGUCAGACACCUACUGGACUUUCGAGUGAUGCUCCUAGCGAUGUUCCCAGUCAGACACCUUCUGGACUUUCGAGUGAUGCUCCUAGCGAUGUUCCCAGUCAGGCACCUACUGGACUUUCGAGUGAUGCUCCUAGCGAUGUUCCCAGUCAGACACCUACUGGACUUUCGAGUGAUGCUCCUAGCGAUGUUCCCAGUCAGACACCAACUGGUUUGUCCAGUGACUCGCCCAGUGAUGUUCCCAGUCAGGCACCUACUGGGCUUGAGGAUGCGCCUCCGUCGAUCGAAACCGAUGGACCUACCUCAGGACCUACUGGUCCCACCAGUGGUCCUACCUCCAGUCCAACAGCUGGUCCAACCGCUGGCCCAACAUCUGCUCCAACCAGUGAUCCAACUACCGGACCAACCAGCGGGCCAACAUCAUCUCCUACUAGCGGGCCAACCAGCGGGCCAACAUCUGUACCAACCAGUGACCCAACGAGAGGACCAACUUCCGGGCCUACCAGUGUACCUACUUCUGGACCAACCAGUGGUCCUACUUCUGGACCAACCAGCGGUCCUACUUCUGGACCAACCAGCGGUCCUACUUCUGGACCAACAUCAAGCCCGACAACUCCACCCACAGGAGGACCUACAGGUGGACCCACUAGACUACCUACAUCGGAACCAACUGAUGGGCCAACAUCCGCCCCGACCUCCAGCCCGACAUCUACUCCAACUUCGGAUCCGACAAGUGGACCUACUUCUGGACCAUCGAGUGGACCAACAUCUGAACCCACUACUGGACCUACGAGUGGACCAACAUCUGAACCAACAAGUGGACCAACAUCUGAACCAACAUCUGGACCCACCAGCAAACCUACUGCUGGACCAACCAGCGGACCUACUUCUGGACCUUCUUCUGGACCAACUAGUGUUCCAACCAGCGGACCAACUUCGGGUCCAACCAGCGGACCAACAAAUGGGCCAACAUCCUCUCCUACGAGCGGUCCUACCAGCGGACCAACAUCUGUACCAACCAGUGACCCAACGAGAGGCCCGACAUCAGGACCUUCCAGCGGCCCGACAUCAGGACCAACAAGCAGGCCUACAUCUGGGCCUACUACAGGUCCAACAUCAGGCCCCACAUCUAUGCCCACUGGAGGACCUACAGGCGGACCUACUUCUUUGCCCACUUCUGGGCCAACUUCAGGGCCAACAUCCGCUCCAACUUCUGGACCAACCAGUGUUCCAACCAGCGGACCAACUUCAGGGCCAACCAGUGCCCCAACCAGCGGACCAACUUCAGGACCAACAAGUGGACCGACAUCUGGACCAACCAGUGCUCCCACCAGCGGACCUACUUCAGGGCCAACCAGUGGUCCGACUUCUGGACCUACAUCUGGACCCACCAGUGGUCCGACUUCUGGACCUACAUCUGGUCCCACCAGCGGACCUACAGCUGGUCCAACUAGUGGACCUACUGCUGGUCCAACUUCUGAGCCAACAAGUGGGCCUACUGCUGGUCCAACAUCUGGACCUACUAGCGGGCCUACUGCUGGUCCAACAUCUGGACCCACUAGCGGGCCUACAGCUGGGCCUACUACCGGUCCAACAUCUGGACCUACCUCUGGACCAACAUCAGGCCCCACAUCUGCACCCACAUCAGGCCCCACAUCUGCACCCACAGACGGACCCACUGGAGGUCCUACUUCACUGCCUACAUCUGGUCCAACUUCGGGCCCAACAUCUGGUCCAACUUCUUUGCCCACUUCUGGGCCAACCAGUGGUCCUACUUCAAGGCCAACCAGUGGUCCAACUAGCGGGCCCACUGCUGGACCAACAAGUGGGCCGACAUCUGGACCCACCAUUGGACCUACUUCUGGACCAACCAGUGUUCCUACCAGCGGACCAACUUCAGGGCCAACCAGCGGACCAACUUCAGGGCCAACCAGUGUUCCUACCAGCGGACCUACUUCGGGGCCAACCAGUGGUCCAACUUCUGGACCUACAUCUGGACCCACCAGCGGACCUACAGCUGGUCCAACUAGUGGACCCACCUUGGGACCUACUUCUGAGCCAACAAGUGGUCCGACUUCUGGGCCUACUGCUGGUCCAACAUCUGGGCCCACUAGCGGGCCUACAUCAGGGCCUACCUCCGAACCCACCAGUGGACCUACAUCUGGACCCACCAUCAGUAGUCCUCCAAGUCCUUGCAUCUACAAAGCUGAGGAAAAAAUUGUGGGGGAGAUUGGUAAUGGACCCGAGGAGUGUGCUGAUAAAGACAACAUGAUUGAUUUGGAUGAGGAUGAUUUGCCGAUUCAGAUUAUUGAUCAGAGUCAAGAUGGAGACGAAGUUACUUUCAAGAUUAUCCAAAACUUCUACGAUGGUAUCAUCAAGAAGGUGGCCUUAAACUACAAUCGAGGCCCUGUGGAUAUUGCUUGUGACGUGAACUCUGAUGUCAGCACUGAAUGGAGCGAAACAUACACAGCAGUUUGUAUAGGAGGAAAGGCUACAGUGAAGAUUUAUCUCCAUUUCUGUGAGAGUGACGACACAGACUGCGACUACUGUGCUGUCCCUGAUAACAUGGACGACUACUUGGCUCUAUCGGUGGAGCUUGAUUGUUAUGAGAUUUGUGAAACCGAAGGACCAACUACCGGACCUACCUCGGGACCUACUUCUGAGCCAACAAGUGGUCCAACAUCUGGGCCUACUACUGGUCCAACAUCUGGGCCUACUACUGGUCCAACAUCUGUACCCACUAGCGGGCCUACAUCUGGGCCUACUACCGGUCCAACAUCUGGACCUACCUCUGGGCCUACUACCGGUCCAACAUCUGGGCCUACCUCUGGGCCUACCUCUGGGCCUACUACCGGUCCAACAUCUGGACCUACUUCUGGACCCACAAGUGGACCGACCUCUGGACCCACAAGUGGACCAACUUCUGGACCUACCUCAGGACCAACUUCUGGACCGACCUCUGGACCAACUUCCGGACCUACCUCUGGACCAACUUCUGGACCGACCUCUGGACCAACUUCCGGACCUACCUCUGGACCAACUUCUGGACCUACUUCAGCUCCAACUGGAGGACCAACAGGAGGACCAACUAGCCUGCCUACUUCUGGACCUACCUCUGGACCCACAAGUGGACCAACUAGCAUGCCUACUUCUGCACCAACUAGUGGUCCAACUUCUGGGCCUACUUCUGGUCCGACAUUGGGGCCGACCAGUGGCCCCACUUCUGGUCCUACCUCAGGACCUACAAGCGGCCCUACUUCUGGGCCUACAUCUGGACCAACUAGCGGCCCCACGUCAGGGCCUACAUCUGGACCCACGUCAGGGCCUACAUCUGGACCCACUUCAGGGCCUACAUCUGGACCCACUUCAGGGCCUACAUCUGGACCCACUUCAGGGCCUACAUCUGGACCCACUUCAGGGCCUACAUCUGGACCCACUUCAGGGCCUACAUCUGGACCAACCAGUGCACCCACAUCAGGACCUACAUCUGGUCCAACUUCUGACCCAACCAGUGGUCCUACUUCUGCUCCAACUUCAGGACCAACUGGAGGUCCAACAAGUCUACCGACAAGUGGACCUACAUCUGGACCAACCAGUGGGCCAACAAGUCUACCUACAAGCGGACCUACGUCAGGACCAACCAGUGGGCCCACAUCGGGACCGACAAGCGGUCCUACUUCUGGACCGACAAGUGGACCAACUAGCAGACCUACUUCUGGACCAACUAGCGGACCUACUUCUGGUCCAACUUCUGGACCAACUUCUGGACCAACUAGCGGACCUACUUCUGGUCCAACUUCUGGUCCAACUUCUGGUCCAACUUCUGGACCUACUAGUGGACCUACUUCUGGACCUACUAGCGCACCUACUUCCGGUCCAACUUCUGGACCUACCAGCGGACCAACCUCCGGACCAACAAGCGGUCCUACUAGCGGACCAACCUCUGGACCAACAAGCGGUCCUACCUCCGGACCAACAAGCGGACCUACUUCCGGCCCAACAAGCGGCCCUACUUCUGGCCCAACCGGUAGCCCAACGAGCCAUCCUACUUCUGGACCAACCAGUGGUCCAACAAGCCAACCUACAUCUGGACCUACAUCCGAACCUACAGGGGGGCCUACCGGUGGUCCCACUUCGCUGCCAACAUCUGGUCCAACUACAGGCCCGACUUCUGGGCCCACAACUGGGCCAACUAGCCGUCCUACUUCUCGACCCACAAGUGGGCCAAGCAGUGGACCUACCAGUGGACCAACAAGCGGACCUACCAGUGGACCAACAAGCGGCCCUACGUCUGGGCCAACCAGUGGACCAACAAGCCGCCCUACGUCUGGGCCAACAUCUGGACCAACCAGCGGACCUACCUCUGGGCCUACAUCUGGACCAACCAGCGGACCUACCUCUGGGCCUACAUCUGGACCAACCAGCGGACCUACCUCUGGGCCUACCUCUGGGCCUACAUCUGGACCAACCAGCGGACCUACCAGCGGACCUACCAGCGGACCAACAUCUGGUCCUACAAGUGGACCUACCUCUGGGCCAACAUCGGCCCCCACAAGUGGCCCUACUUCCGGACCUACCAGUGGUCCAACCUCUGGUCCAACAUCUGGACCUACUUUGGGACCUACCAGCGGACCCACUUCUGGUCCAACAUCUGCUCCCACUGGAGGACCAACAGGAGGCCCAACAAGUCUACCAACAAGUGGACCUACAUCAGGACCAACUAGUGGACCUACUUCUGGACCUACAUCAGGACCUACUUCUGGACCAACUUCUGGACCUACCAGUGGACCUACUUCUGGACCUACCAGUGGACCUACCAGUGGACCUACCAGUGGACCUACUUCUGGACCUACCAGUGGACCUACUUCUGGGCCUACCAGUGGACCUACUUCUGGGCCAACCUCUGGACCUACCAGCGGACCAACAUCUGGACCUACCAGUGGACCUACUACUGGGCCAACCUCUGGACCUACCAGCGGACCAACAUCUGGACCUACCAGUGGACCUACUUCUGGGCCAACCUCUGGACCUACCAGCGGACCAACAUCUGGACCUACCAGCGGGCCGACCAGUGGGCCUACAUCUGGUCCCACCAGCAGCCCAACAAGUCAGCCUACUUCCGGACCAACCAGCGGUCCCACAGGCCAACCUACAUCACGACCAACAUCUGGUCCCACAUCUGGUCCCACAUCUGGUCCCACUGGCGGCCCAACUUCACUACCUACAUCUGGUCCAACUUCUGGGCCAACAUCUGGACCAACUUCUGGCCCUACAUCUGGACCCACAAGUGGACCUACGUCAGGACCUACCAGUGGUCCAACAUCUGGACCCACAAGCGGACCUACCAAUGGUCCAACAUCCGGACCAACAAGCGGACCUACUUCUGGGCCAACUAGUGGACCAACAUCUGGACCUACUUCAGGACCUACUAGUGGUCCUACUUCUGGCCCCACCUCUGGACCAACUUCAGGCCCUACCUCUGGGCCAACAUCUGGCCCUACGUCAGGUCCUACAAGUGGACCCACCUCAGGGCCAACAUCUGGGCCAACCAGUGGACCUACCUCCGGGCCAACCAGUGGACCAACAUCUGGGCCAUCCAGUGGACCAACAUCUGGGCCAACCAGUGGACCAACCAGUGGACCAACAUCUGCCCCCACAAGUGGCCCUACUUCCGGACCUACCAGUGGUCCAACUUCGGGUCCAACAUCUGGGCCUACCUCGGUACCUACCAGCGGACCAACUUCUGGCCCAACAUCUGCUCCCACUGGAGGGCCAACAGGAGGUCCAACAAGUCUACCAACAAGUGGACCUACAUCAGGACCAACUAGUGGACCAACCAGUCUACCUACUAGCGGACCAACAUCUGGACCAACAUCUGGACCAACAUCUGGACCAACAUCUGGACCAACUUCUGGACCUACAUCUGGACCUACAUCUGGACCUACAUCUGGACCUACAUCUGGACCUACAUCUGGACCUACAUCAGGGCCAACUUCUGGACCUACAUCAGGGCCGACUUCUGGACCUACUUCAGGGCCUACUUCAGGGCCAACAUCUGGACCUACUUCAGGGCCUACUUCAGGGCCAACAUCUGGACCUACUUCAGGGCCUACUUCAGGGCCAACAUCUGGACCUACUUCAGGGCCAACUUCAGGGCCAACAUCUGGACCUACUUCUGGACCAACUUCUGGACCAACUUCUGGACCUACCAGUGGACCUACAUCAGGGCCAACUUCUGGACCUACUUCUAGACCUACCAGUGGACCAACCAGCGGACCAACAUCUGGACCUACCAGUGGGCCUACAUCUGGUCCAACCAGCAGCCCAACAAGUCAGCCCACUUCUGGACCAACCAGCGGUCCCACAGGCCAACCUACAUCAGGACCUACAUCUGGUCCCACAUCUGGUCCCACAGACGGACCCACUGGCGGCCCAACUUCACUACCUACCUCUGGUCCAACAUCUGGACCAACUUCUGGCCCUACAUCUGGACCCACAAGUGGACCUACCAGUGGCCCAACAUCUGGACCAACCAGUGGCCCAACAUCUGGACCAACCAGUGGACCUACCAGUGGACCUACCAGUGGUCCAACAUCCGGACCGACAAGCAGACCUACGUCUGGGCCAACUAGUGGACCAACAUCUGGACCUACAUCUGGACCGACUAGUGGACCAACAUCUGGACCUACUUCAGGACCUACUUCAGGACCUACUAGUGGUCCUACUUCUGGCCCCACCUCUGGACCAACUUCAGGCCCUACCUCUGGGCCAACAUCUGGCCCUACGUCAGGUCCUACAAGUGGACCUACCUCCGGGCCAACAUCUGGGCCAACCAGUGGACCUACCUCCGGGCCAACCAGUGGACCAACAUCUGGGCCAACCAGUGGACCAACCAGUGGACCAACCAGUGGACCAACAUCUGCCCCUACAAGUGGUCCAACUUCGGGUCCAACAUCUGGGCCUACCUCGGUACCUACCAGCGGACCCACUUCUGGCCCAACAUCUGCUCCCACUGCAGGGCCAACAGGAGGUCCAACAAGUCUACCAACAAGUGGACCUACAUCAGGACCAACUAGUGGACCAACCAGUCUACCUACUAGCGGACCAACAUCUGGACCAACAUCUGGACCAACAUCUGGACCAACAUCUGGACCAACUUCUGGACCUACAUCUGGACCUACAUCUGGACCUACAUCUGGACCUACAUCUGGACCUACAUCUGGACCUACAUCAGGGCCAACUUCUGGACCUACAUCAGGGCCGACUUCUGGACCUACUUCAGGGCCUACUUCAGGGCCAACAUCUGGACCUACUUCAGGGCCUACUUCAGGGCCAACAUCUGGACCUACUUCAGGGCCUACUUCAGGGCCAACAUCUGGACCUACUUCAGGGCCAACUUCAGGGCCAACAUCUGGACCUACUUCUGGACCAACUUCUGGACCAACUUCUGGACCUACCAGUGGACCUACAUCAGGGCCAACUUCUGGACCUACUUCUAGACCUACCAGUGGACCAACCAGCGGACCAACAUCUGGACCUACCAGUGGGCCUACAUCUGGUCCAACCAGCAGCCCAACAAGUCAGCCCACUUCUGGACCAACCAGCGGUCCCACAGGCCAACCUACAUCAGGACCUACAUCUGGUCCCACAUCUGGUCCCACAGACGGACCCACUGGCGGCCCAACUUCACUACCUACCUCUGGUCCAACAUCUGGACCAACUUCUGGCCCUACAUCUGGACCCACAAGUGGACCUACCAGUGGCCCAACAUCUGGACCAACCAGUGGCCCAACAUCUGGACCAACCAGUGGACCUACCAGUGGACCUACCAGUGGUCCAACAUCCGGACCGACAAGCAGACCUACGUCUGGGCCAACUAGUGGACCAACAUCUGGACCUACAUCUGGACCGACUAGUGGACCAACAUCUGGACCUACUUCAGGACCUACUUCAGGACCUACUAGUGGUCCUACUUCUGGCCCCACCUCUGGACCAACUUCAGGCCCUACCUCUGGGCCAACAUCUGGCCCUACGUCAGGUCCUACAAGUGGACCUACCUCCGGGCCAACAUCUGGGCCAACCAGUGGACCUACCUCCGGGCCAACCAGUGGACCAACAUCUGGGCCAACCAGUGGACCAACCAGUGGACCAACCAGUGGACCAACAUCUGCCCCUACAAGUGGUCCAACUUCGGGUCCAACAUCUGGGCCUACCUCGGUACCUACCAGCGGACCCACUUCUGGCCCAACAUCUGCUCCCACUGCAGGGCCAACAGGAGGUCCAACAAGUCUACCAACAAGUGGACCUACAUCAGGACCAACUAGUGGACCAACCAGUCUACCUACUAGCGGACCAACAUCUGGACCAACAUCUGGACCAACAUCUGGACCAACAUCUGGACCAACUUCUGGACCUACAUCUGGACCUACAUCUGGACCUACAUCUGGACCUACAUCUGGACCUACAUCUGGACCUACAUCAGGGCCAACUUCUGGACCUACAUCAGGGCCGACUUCUGGACCUACUUCAGGGCCUACUUCAGGGCCAACAUCUGGACCUACUUCAGGGCCUACUUCAGGGCCAACAUCUGGACCUACUUCAGGGCCUACUUCAGGGCCAACAUCUGGACCUACUUCAGGGCCAACUUCAGGGCCAACAUCUGGACCUACUUCUGGACCAACUUCUGGACCAACUUCUGGACCUACCAGUGGACCUACAUCAGGGCCAACUUCUGGACCUACUUCUAGACCUACCAGUGGACCAACCAGCGGACCAACAUCUGGACCUACCAGUGGGCCUACAUCUGGUCCAACCAGCAGCCCAACAAGUCAGCCCACUUCUGGACCAACCAGCGGUCCCACAGGCCAACCUACAUCAGGACCUACAUCUGGUCCCACAUCUGGUCCCACAGACGGACCCACUGGCGGCCCAACUUCACUACCUACCUCUGGUCCAACAUCUGGACCAACUUCUGGCCCUACAUCUGGACCCACAAGUGGACCUACCAGUGGCCCAACAUCUGGACCAACCAGUGGACCUACCAGUGGUCCAACAUCCGGACCGACAAGCAGACCUACGUCUGGGCCAACUAGUGGACCAACAUCUGGACCUACAUCUGGACCUACAUCUGGACCGACUAGUGGUCCUACUUCUGGACCUACUUCAGGACCAACUAGUGGUCCUACUUCGGGACCUACUAGUGGUCCAACAUCUGGCCCUACCUCUGGACCAACUUCCGGACCUACGUCCGGACCUACUAGUGGCCCUACCUCUGGACCAACAUCUGGACCUACUAGUGGACCUACCUCGGGGCCAACGUCUGGUCCUACGAGUGGACCUUCCUCUGGUCCUACAAGUGGACCUUCCUCUGGUCCAACUAGCCAACCAACAUCUGGUCCUACAAGUGGACCAACCUCCGGUCCCACUAGCGGACCAACAUCUGGACCUACAUCGGGACCCACAUCUGGACCCACAACAAGUAGCCCCCCAAGCCCUUGCAUCUACAGGGCUGAGGAAAACCUGGUUGGGGAGACUGGUAAUGGACCCAAGGAGUGUGCUGACAAACACAACAUGAUUGAUUUGGAGGAGGAUGAUUUGCCGAUUCAGAUUAUUGAUCAGAGUCAAGAUGGAGACGAAGUUACUUUCAAGAUUAUCCAAAACUUCUACGAUGGUAUCAUCAAGAAGGUGGCCUUAAACUACAAUCGAGGCCCUGUGGAUAUUGCUUGUGACGUGAACUCUGAUGUCAGCACUGAAUGGAGCGAAACAUACACAGCAGUUUGUAUAGGAGGAAAGGCUACAGUGAAGAUUUACCUCCAUUUCUGACCUACUUCAGGCCCUACCAGUGGACCAACAUCUAUACCAACUUCGGGACCUACAAGUGGACCUACCUCUGGUCCAACAUCUGUACCAACUAGUGGGCCAACUUCUGGGCCAACUUCAGGACCAACUAGUGGGCCAACUUCAGGACCAACUAGUGGGCCAACUUCGGGACCUACCUCUGGACCCACCAGUGGACCAACUUCGGGACCCACCAGUGGACCAACUUCUGGACCCACCAGUGGGCCUACAUCUGGACCCACCAGUGGGCCUACAUCUGGACCCACCAGUGGACCUACUUCUGGACCCACCAGUGGACCUACUUCUGGACCCACCAGUGGACCUACCUCAGGACCAACUUCUGGGCCAACUUCUGCACCAACUUCUGGGCCAACAUCUGGACCGACUUCUGGCCCAACCAGUGGGCCAACAUCUGGACCAACCAGUGGGCCAACGUCAGCACCUACCAGUGAACCUACUUCUGGACCUACAUCUGGACCUACUUCUGGACCUACUUCGGCUCCAACUGGAGGACCCACCGGAGGCCCAACAAGUCUACCCACUAGCGGACCAACAUCUGGACCAACAUCUGGACCAACUAGCGGACCAACAUCUGGACCAACUAGCGGACCAACAUCUGGACCAACUAGCGGACCAACAUCUGGACCAACUAGCGGACCAACAUCUGGACCAACAUCUGGACCAACAUCUGGACCAACAUCUGGACCAACAUCUGGACCAACAUCUGGACCAACAUCUGGACCAACAUCUGGACCAACUAGCGGACCAACAUCUGGGCCAACAUCUGGGCCAACUAGCGGACCAACAUCUGGGCCAACUAGCGGGCCUACUUCUGGACCAACAUCUGGGCCAACUAGCGGACCAACAUCUGGGCCAACUAGCGGACCAACAUCUGGGCCAACUAGCGGGCCUACUUCUGGGCCAACUAGCAGUCCAACAAGUCAUCCAACCUCCGGACCAACCAGUGGUCCAACAGGUGAACCUACUUCUACACCUACCUCUGGGCCCACAUCAGCACCCACAGAUGGACCCACUGGUGGUCCAACUUCACUUCCUACAUCUGGACCAACUUCAGGUCCGACCUCUGGACCUACCUCUGGACCUACUUCCAGUCCUACAUCUACACCUACUUCGGGACCCACGUUAGGACCUACUUCUGGACCUACUUCUGGACCUACUUCUGGACCUACCAGUAGACCAACCUCCGGUCCUACAAGUGGUCCUACAAGUGGACCAACUUCCGGACCAACCAGCGGUCCUACUAGCAGUCCAACUUCUCAGCCUACCUCAGGUCCAACCAGCGGUCCUACUUCUGGACCAACCAGCGGUCCUACUUCUGGACCCACUAGUGGACCUACUUCUGAACCAACCAGUGGUCCCACAUCCGGACCAACAUCAGGCCCAACCAGUGGGCCAACAUCUGGACCUACGUCUGGACCUACCAGUGGGCCAACAUCUGGACCUACGUCUGGACCUACCAGUGGGCCAACAUCUGGACCUACGUCUGGACCUACCAGUGGGCCAACUACAGGACCUACAUCUGAACCUACAUCUGGACCUACCAGUGGACCCACAUCGGCUCCAACUGGUGGACCAACCGGAGGACCAACAAGUCUACCCACCAGCGGUCCUACUUCUGGACCCACCAGCGGUCCUACUUCUGGACCGACCAGCGGUCCUACUUCUGGACCCACCAGCGGUCCUACUUCUGGACCCACCAGCGGUCCUACUUCCGGACCUACCAGCGGUCCUACUUCCGGACCUACCAGCGGUCCUACUUCCGGACCUACCAGCGGUCCUACUUCCGGACCUACCAGCGGUCCUACUUCCGGACCUACCAGCGGUCCUACUUCCGGACCAACCAGCGGUCCUACUUCCGGACCAACCAGCGGUCCUACUUCCGGACCAACCAGCGGUCCUACUUCCGGACCAACUUCUGGCCCUACAGCCGGACCAACAUCUGGACCCACCUCGGGACCAACUUCUGGACCUACCAGUGGUCCUACAUCGGUACCUACCUCAGGUCCUACUAGCGCUCCAACUUCUGGACCAACUUCUGAACCCACGUCAGGCCCAACUAGUCGACCAACUUCUGGUCCAACAACAGGGCCUACUGGAGGGCCCACUAGUUUGCCUACAUCUGGACCCACCAGUGGGCCUACCUCAACACCAACUUCAGGACCAACCAGUGGGCCUACUUCUGGUCCCACCCGCGGACCAACAUCAGGACCAACAUCUGGACCCACAAGUGGACCAACAUCAGGACCAACAUCUGGACCCACAAGUGGACCAACAUCAGGACCUACUUCUGGACCCACAAGUGCACCAACAUCGGGACCUACUUCUGAACCUACCAGCGGCCCAACUUCUGGACCUACUUCUGGACCUACCAGCGGCCCAACUUCUGGACCUACUUCUGGACCUACCAGCAGCCCAACUUCUGGACCUACUUCUGGACCUACCAGCGGCCCAACUUCUGGACCUACCAGUGGCCCAACUUCUGGACCUACUUCUGGACCUACCAGCGGCCCAACUUCUGAACCAACAAGCAGGCCUACCUCUGGACCUACAUCUGGUCCUACUUCAACACCAACCUCAGGACCAACAAGUCGACCUACUUCAGCUCCAACUGGAGGACCAACGUCUCUUCCAACAAGCGGACCAACUUCAGGACCGACAAGCGGGCCAACCAGUGUGCCCACAUCUGAACCCACCAGUGGACCAACAUCUGUACCAACUAGUGGCCCUACUUCUGGCCCUACUUCUGGUCCUACAUCUGUACCAACCAGCAGUCCAACAUCUGGACCAACAAGUGGUCCUUCUUCUGGACCGACAUCUGGACCAACCAGUGGUCCAACUUCUGGACCAACUAGCGGACCAACUAGCAGACCAACUAGCGGGCCAACAUCUGGACCAACAUCUGGACCAACUAGCGGACCAACUAGCGGGCCAACCAGUGGGCCAACCAGUGGGCCAACUAGCGGACCAACCAGUGUCCCUACUUCUGGACCAACUUCUGGGCCUACCAGUGGUCCAACUUCCAGCCCAACAUCAGCACCAACUUCUGGGCCAACUAGUGGUCCAACAAGCGAACCUACCUCAACGCCAACAUCUGGACCUACCAGCUCUCCAACCAGAGUCUGUGACUAUGUUUACGUGGACUUCACUUACAAUGACCAAUUACAAGCGACUGAAGCAAACACAGCCGUAGGAGUGGAUGAUUACAUCCUCUAUGGCUUUAAGGUUAAUGUCAAUGGCAAUGGUGUGGGUGCUGUUUCUGACGAAGCAUCCUUUGUGAACAUCGGUGAUGGUGCUGUUUGCCUCGCUGUUGUCAACAGUUAUGAAACAGCUCCAAUUGGAAAUCCAGAAGAAGUAGAUUUCAUUGAAGGGGGGCAAGUUGUGUUGACAUUUUCUCCUGAAGUUGACGAGUUUUUUGAGCUGGAACUAUGGAACGGAGAUGGCGCAACAAUCACAGUAACAACUUUUGUUGAUGGCGAAUAUAUUGAGACAUCAAUGGUUGUCGAAGCUGCUGCUGCUUCUUCUGGCAACAGCAAGGUGGCUGUGAAUCUUGAAACCUUGAACGUUGUUGUUGUCCAAAUCCAAUUUGUGAAAGCUGGUGCUUUGUGCGGUGUUAAGAUUUGUUACGAUGAUGAUAAGACCCCGCCACCUGACGGUGUACACUGGCCAGUCGAACCCCCUCCAACAUCAGGACCAACUUCUGCUCCAACAGGAGGACCAACUGGUGGCCCAACAUCGAUACCUACAAGUGGACCUACAAGUGGACCUACAAGUGGGCCAACUUCAGUACCAACAUCUGGACCCACAAGUGGUCCUACAUCGGGACCAACUUCUGCGCCAACCAGUGGACCAACCUCUGGGCCAACCAGUGGACCAACCUCUGGGCCAACUGCAGGACCUACCAGUGGACCUACAAGCGGACCUACUUCUGGACCCACUAGCGGUCCAACCUCGGGGCCAACCUCUGGACCAACCAGUGGGCCAACCUCAGGACCAACAUCUGGACCCACCUCAGGACCAACUUCUGGACCAACUUCUGGACCCACCUCAGGACCAACUUCUGGACCCACCUCAGGACCAACUUCUGGACCCACCUCGGGACCAACUUCUGGGCCCACUUCUGGACCCACUUCUGGACCAACUUCUGGACCAACUUCUGGACCCACAUCUGUUCCAACAAGCGGCCCAACUUCUGGACCUACUAGCGAGCCUACAUCUGCACCUACUGGAGGACCCACUAGUCUACCUACAUCUGGUCCAACUUCUGGACCAACUUCAGGCCCAACUAGUCUACCAACUAGUGGGCCUACCUCUGGGCCAACUGCAGGACCUACCAGUGGACCUACUUCUGGACCUACAAGCGGUCCAACCUCGGGACCAACUAGUGGCCCAACUUCUGGACCAACAAGUGGGCCAACCUCAGGACCAACAUCUGGACCAACAUCUGGACCUACCUCGGGACCAACAUCUGGACCUACCUCAGGACCAACAUCUGGACCCACCUCGGGACCCACCUCGGGACCCACAUCUGGACCCACAUCUGGACCCACAUCUGGACCCACCUCGGGACCAACAUCUGGACCAACCUCAGGACCAACCUCAGGACCAACCUCAGGACCAACUAGCGGACCUACAUCUGGACCUACUAGCAGACCAACCUCAGGACCUACAUCUGGACCUACAUCUGGACCUACUAGCAGGCCUACAUCUGGACCUACUGGAGGACCCACUAGUCUACCUACAUCUGGUCCAACUUCUGGACCAACUUCAGGCCCGACCAGUCUACCAACUAGUGGGCCUACCUCUGGGCCAACGACAGGACCAACUAGUGGGCCUACUUCAGGACCCACUUCCGGACCGACAAGUGGACCUACAAGUGGACCUACUUCAGGGCCUACCAGUGGACCUACUUCAGGGCCUACCAGUGGACCUACUUCAGGGCCUACCAGUGGACCUACUUCGGGGCCUACUAGUGGACCUACUUCUGAACCAACCAGUGGACCAACCUCAGGGCCUACUUCUGGUCCAACUAGCGUCCCAACCUCAGGGCCUACUUCUGGUCCAACUAGCGUCCCAACCUCAGGGCCUACUUCUGGUCCAACUAGCGUCCCAACUUCAGGGCCUACUUCUGGUCCAACUAGCGUCCCAACUUCUGGACCUACCAGCGGUCCUACUGUGGGACCAACCUCAAGCCCGACAUCGGCACCGACCUCUGGGCCCACAUCUGCUCCAACCUUAGAACCAACGUCGGAACCUACAGGAGGGCCAACUGGUGGACCAACUUCCUUGCCCACAUCAGGCCCCACUUCUGGACCUACUAGCGGACCAACCAGUGAGCCCACAUCUGGACCAACCAGUACACCUACAAGUGGACCAACAUCGGGACCUACUUCAGGACCAACAACUGGGCCAACAUCAGGUCCUACCUCUGGACCAACCAGCGGACCUACCUCUGGACCUACCUCUGGACCAACCUCUGGACCAACCUCUGGACCAACCAGCGGACCUACCUCUGGACCAACCAGCGGACCAACUUCUGGACCAACCAGUGGACCAACUUCUGGACCAACCAGUGAACCAACCAGUGAACCAACCAGUGAACCAACAAGUGGCCCUACCUCAGAACCCACUAGCGGACCAACCAGUGGACCAACCAGUGGACCUACAGGCAAGCCAACAAGUGGACCUACUAGCGGACCAACUUCUGCUCCAACUGACGGCCCAACUGGUGGACCAACAAGUCUUCCAACUAGCGGACCCACAUCUGGACCUACUUCAGGACCAACCAGCAGACCCACAUCUGGACCUACCAGUGGGCCUACUUCUGGACCUACAUCAGGUCCUACCAGUGGGCCUACAUCAGGUCCUACCAGUGGGCCUACAUCAGGUCCUACCAGUGGGCCUACCUCUGGACCCACCAGUGGGCCUACUUCUGGACCUACGUCAGGUCCUACAAGCGGACCAACUUCAGGGCCAUCUAGUGGACCUACCUCUGGACCCACCAGUGGACCGACCUCUGGACCCACAUCAGGACCCACCAGUGGACCCACAUCAGGACCUACUGGCGAACCAACUAGUGGACCUACUAGCGGCCCAACUUCUGCUCCAACUGACGGCCCAACUGGUGGACCAACAAGUCUUCCAACUAGCGGACCAACGUCUGGACCUACCUCUGGACCCACAUCAGGACCUACUUCGGGCCCAACUUCAGGACCAACGUCUGGACCUACUUCUGGACCAACAUCUGGACCAACAUCUGGACCUACCUCUGGACCUACCUCUGGCCCUACCUCUGGCCCAACUUCUGGCCCUACCUCAGGACCUACUUCUGGACCAACAUCCGGACCUACCAGUGAACCUACUUCGGGACCAACUUCGGGACCAACAUCCGGACCUACCAGUGAACCUACUUCGGGACCAACUUCUGGACCAACUUCGGGACCAACAUCCGGACCUACCAGUGGACCUACUUUGGGACCAACAUCCGGACCUACAUCUGGACCUACAUCUGGACCUACUUCAAGCCCCACCUCGCACCCGACAUCUGGACCAACAUCUGCACCUACAUUAGAGCCAACAGCAAAGCCUACAGGAGGUCCAACUGGGGGACCAACUUCCUUACCCACUUCCGGUCCAACUUCUGGACCAACCAGUGGUCCAACUAGUGAACCCACAUCUGUUCCCACCUCUGGGCCCACAAGCAGACCCACUUCUGGACCAACUUCUAGACCAACCAGUGGGCCAACGUCAGGUCCUACUUCUGGACCAACCAGUGGACCAACAUCUGGCCCUACUUCCGGACCCACCUCUGGACCUACCUCUGGCCCUACUUCGGGACCCACCUCUGGACCUACCUCUGGGCCCACAAGCAAGCCAACUUCAGGGCCAUCUAGUGGACCUACCUCUGAACCCACCAGUGGACCGACCUCAGGACCCACCAGUGGACCCACAUCAGGACCCACCAGUGGACCCACAUCAGGACCUACUGGCGAACCAACUAGUGGACCUACUAGCGGCCCAACUUCUGCUCCAACUGACGGCCCAACUGGUGGACCAACAAGUCUUCCAACUAGCGGACCAACGUCUGGACCUACAUCAGGACCAACAAGUGGACCUACUUCGGGACCUACCUCAGGCCCAACUUCAGGACCCACAAGUGGACCUACCUCUGGCCCUACCUCAGGACCUACUUCUGGACCUACCCUUGGACCCACUUCUGGACCUACAUCAGGGCCAACUAGCGAACCAACCUCAGGUCCUACCUCUGGACCAACUAGCGGCCCAACGUCCAGUCCAACUUCGGCACCAACAGAUGGCCCAACUAGCACACCGACAACUGAUCCAACAAGUGGCCCAACCAGUGGCCCGACUGUUGGAUCCGAACCCACAUCUGCUCCCACUGAAGGACCGACUGGAGGACCAACUUCUCUACCAACUUCCGGCCCCACAAGUGAACCAACUAGCGGUCCCACUGCAGGACCGACAAGUGGUCCAACGACCGGGCCCACUUCAGGACCCACCUCUGGUCCAACAUCUGAACCAACAAGUGGACCUACAUCUGCCCCUACGGAAGGCCCAACUUCAGGACCUACCUCUGGUCCAACAUCUGGACCUACAUCUGGACCUACAUCUGGACCUACAUCUGAUCCAACCAGCGGUCCAACUUCAGGGCCAACCAGUGGACCAACAUCUGAUCCAACAUCCGGUCCAACUAGCCGGCCCACCUCAGCUCCGACUGAUGGCCCAACUGGUGGACCAACAUCUCUACCUACCACUGGACCAACUUCCGGACCUACAUCUGGACCAACCAGUCAACCAACAUCUGGACCGACCACCGCACCUACUUCUGGACCAACCAGCAUUCCAACUUCUGCACCCACCUCGGUACCUACUUCUGGACCUACCACUGUACCGACUAGCGAACCAACAUCAGGCCCAACCAGUGGUCCUACAUCUAGUCCAACUUUUGGACCUACUUCUGCUCCGACUUCAAGCCCAACCACAUCACCAACUUCUGGUCCUACAUCAAGCCCAACGUUUGCCCCAACUUCUGGUCCGACAUCGGCACCAACCUCAUCUCCAACGUCUGGUCCAACCUCAGGCGAACAAGAUGAUACUGCAGGACAAAGUAUGUCUGCUUCCGCUGCAUCCAUUUCCUCGUACACGGGAUGCUUCAGUGGGCCAGUUGUAAAGCAUGCUUCUGGCUCAGAAUGCGCCACCAAUUUUAUGCCUAUCACAAUGAUUCGCAAAGCUGCAGAUGAUGAUGAAACUUCUUCUGUUCAGUUCCGUGCUAAUGCAGCUCAGACAGUGAAAUUCACUCAUCAGUCAGGUGUGCUUCAAACUGAGGUUAUUAACGACAACAACUUGGAUGAAAUGAUCAUGCAUGCAAAAUGUUCUGGAGAUCCAUCAGUCAGCGAAAGCGUUAGCGUCACUGUUGGAUUAUGCACAUAUGAUAUUGACAUUCCAUGUAACAAGGAUGACAUGUGCGAAGAGCGUCGCCGUAUGCAUGACGAGGCAUUUACUCGUGAAUCAUUUGGAGAUGAUGGCAACGAUGAGGAAGAUGUCCCCUACUGUUUGGCAGAAGACUUCCCAUGUGAGGGAGAAGAAGACAAUAUGGUAUAUGUCUGUCACUACAUUCCUCGCCAAGGUUAUCAAACAUUCUGUGUUCCUGAAGCUGACACUGUGAUAUUGGGAUUCUAUCCUCAUGAUUACUGUGGACCAUGCGAAGGAGGAUAUGGGAGUGUUGGAAAGUAG